CCGCGAGGAGGGAGCGCGAGCUCGUCGGAAUUCAGCCCGGCGCCGAAAAACUAACUCCAGUCGCCGUUGGUCAAUAAAAUGGACGAUUUCCGACUGGACGAGCUUAGCGGGCCCGGCAUUGACGGAGUGAAGUGAGUUUUGGCGGCGUAGGUAUUUUAAGCAUUGCCUGAGUGCUGUACAACCAAGCAGAGGCCAUGGCAUUGAAGGAGAGGUUAGAGGCGGUGCUGAAUGUCAGCCUGCGGGUGCCCAGUAUCAUGCUGCUGGAUGUGCUGUACCGCUGGGAUGUCAGCUCCUUCUUCCAGAAGAUCCAGAGGAGCAGCCUCAACAACAACCCUCUUUUCCAGUACAAGUACCUGGCGCUUUACCUGCACUACAUAGGCUAUAUCCUCAGCGUGGUGCUACUGACUCUGCCACGACAGCAGCUGGUGCAGCUGUACUUGUAUGUCCUUACUGCCCUACUGUUAUUUGCUGGACACCAGAUCUCCAGGGACUAUGUUCGCAGUGAGCUGGAUUCUGGGUAUGAGGGACCAUUGUACCUGGAGCCCCUGUCUAUGAAUCGCUUCACCACAGCCCUAGUCUGCCAACUUGUAGUGUGUACCCUCUGCUCCUGCGUCAUGCAGACCAAGCGCAUUUGGCUUUUCUCUGCACACCUGCUCCCCCUGGUGGCUCGUCUGUGCCUGGUGCCCCUGGAGACCAUAGUCUUCAUCAACCGCUUCGCCAUGAUUUUCACGGGUCUGGAGGUACUGUACUUCCUGGUCUCCAACCUCCUAGUGCCCUACAACCUGGCCAAGACAGCCUAUCGUGAGCUGGUGCAGGUGGUGGAAGUGUACGGGCUUCUUGCGCUGGGGAUGUCUCUCUGGAACCAGCUGGUUCUGCCUGUCCUCUUCAUGUGCUUCUGGCUGGUGCUGUUUGCCCUGCAGAUCUAUACCUACUUCAGCACCCGUGACCAGCCUACCUCUCGUGAGAGACUACUGUUCCUCUUCCUCACCAGCAUUGCUGAAUGCUGCAGCACCCCCUAUUCCCUGCUGGGCCUGGUGUUCACUGUGUCCUUCAUCGCUCUGGGUGUGCUCACCCUCUGCAAGUUCUACCUACAGGGUUAUCGCGCCUUCAUGAAUGACAACACUAUGCACAGGGGAAUGACUGAGGGGAUCACCCUGUUGAUCCUGGCAGUGCAGACAGGCCUCAUCGAGCUUCAGGUCAUCCACCGGGCCUUCCUCCUUAGUAUCAUCCUCUUCAUUGUGGUGGCAUCCAUCCUGCAGUCAAUGCUGGAGAUAGCUGACCCCAUUGUGCUGGCACUGGGUGCCUCCAGGGACAAGAGCUUGUGGAAGCACUUCCGAGCCGUCAGCCUCUGUCUCUUCCUGCUAGUCUUCCCGGCCUACAUGGCCUACAUGAUCUGCCAGUUCUUCCACAUGGAUUUCUGGCUCCUCAUCAUCAUCUCCUCCAGCAUCCUCACCUCAUUGCAGGUCCUGGGGACACUUUUCAUUUAUGUGCUCUUCAUGGUGGAGGAAUUCCGCAAGGAGCCUGUGGAGAACAUGGACGAUGUCAUCUACUACGUGAACGGGACCUACCGACUGCUAGAGUUCUUGGUGGCCCUCUGCGUGGUAGCCUAUGGUGUAUCCGAGACUGUCUUUGGUGAAUGGACUGUCAUGGGCUCUACCAUCAUCUUUGUCCACUCCUACUACAACGUGUGGCUGCGUGCUCAGCUGGGCUGGCAAAGCUUCCUGCUGCGUAGGGAUGCAGUGGACAAGAUAAAGAGCAUGCCCACUGCCACCACUCAGCAGCUGGAGCAGCACAACGACAUCUGUGCCAUCUGUUACCAGGACAUGACAUCUGCAGUCAUUACCCCCUGUAGCCACUUUUUCCAUGCUAGCUGCCUGAAGAAAUGGCUGUAUGUCCAGGAAACCUGUCCGCUCUGCCACAGUCAGCUCAAGGGCCAGUCACAGCCCACUACACCUGGCACUCCCCCCCAGGAUGCUGUGCGGCCACCUCCGAAGCAGGAGAAUCAAAAUCAAGAAGCGGCAGAGCAAGCUGAUAGUGAGCCCCCUCUUGCCCAGGAAAGCCUAGACACUGAAGAGAAAGGCCUAUGUGACACUGGUUCUGAACCGUACCUCCAAGACCCUGGUGAUCCACCCCAUGAUAGUCCAUCCAUGCUCCAAGCCUUGUGCCAUGAGCAAGACAUCACACAGUCAAAAGGCAAAGUGAACAGAAUAGAGCAGCCUUCACCUUCUGAAAGACGGCAAGGUGCACAAAAUGAACUGAACCCAAAAGUGUCUCCCGCUACUGUGCUUGGCUUGUCUGCAGCUACCAACCUGCCAUUUCCAGCUCAGAGCAUGGAACCAGGAAAAUAAAGGGGAUGAAGGACAAUAAUGCAUUUUUAUGGAUAUUCAUGAAUCAGUGAUACUCUUCUGUAGAAGCCUGAACACCAGUGUUUAGUCCUUUGUUCCUUCCUCUACCUUUCUGAGCCUCCCUCAUAUCGUACUACAUGCCACAUAACCUCCCUGCAUCACUCUUUCCUUUUCACAGUUACUCAGCCUUACUGUUGUCUUAAAUUAGCCCCCUCCCCCCCUUUUUUAUUAUUUCACCAUUCUUGGUCUCUGCUAACAUUGUGGGCUCUUCUACCACAGGCCGUCAACCUCAGUUUCAUGUCCCUGGUGAGAUCGCAGGCCUACACUAUGACUGUUAAAGGGAGAUGGUGUUGGGUGGAGGAGACCAUUACUUAGCUCGCUGAAUGUGAUUGCAUAAUCUGACUGAAAAGAAAAGACAGCACUUGUAGUAAAUGCUUUGAGCACGCUUUGGCUAGCACGCUCUUGCUGUCUUGUAGCGCUAGAACUUUUUUCUUUGUAUAGGUAUGCCACUGCAUUUGCACUAAUGUAAUUUAUAGCAAUGCUCCAAAGUUGUCUUGUCAGGUACCAAAUAUUUUGGUGUGUAUGCAGAAAACAAACUAUGAAUAUAAAUACAUAUAUUUAUGUAAAGAGAUUUUAAUACUCCAUUGGAACUGUUAAUGCGGUACUUUACCAGCUGGUGUGAAGCGGACUAAAGUUUUGUGAACACUUUGGUGCCAUCUUCAGGUAAAAGUGUGACGAGCUUCUGGCCGUGGAUUGAGGCUUGGUGAAGGCUAAACGUAAUGCUCAGUUUACUUUGUAACAGUAUUAUUUGGCAUCUGUUGCAUUUGUGCAAAUGAAUACAUUGUAUAAUGUAUGAAAUACUCAGCAAAUGCCAUAUAAAAACAAUUGUGUAUAUAUAGUAGUGAAUUGAUAGCUUUUGCACAUGCCUAUGCAGAGGAGUGUACAGUACUGAAGGAUGUGUACAAAUUUUACAUUCCUCAUAGCAUUGAGAUUUUCUAGAAUAUUAUCAUCUGAAAUGUGCUUUUGAAUGAAGGGGUCAUUUGUUUGGAGAGUAGAAAACCCCAAAUCCAAACAUUUUUUUUAAGACAAAAUGAACUUGAUACAUUGUUAUACGAAUGCUGAAUUGUGAUCAAACUGUGACUGUGAUCUGUAAUAAAUUUGC